AUGCUACCGAACAGUACCGUCCUCCCGAGCGCCACGCGAGCCUUGGCUGACUCCUGGAACCAAGUAGAGUGGUGCAAUGGCAAUUCUGGCAGGCUCGUUUGUGGUUCGACUCACGCGAAUCCAGAAGCGUUCACCGCCAACCUGGACGUGUCCCGCGGUUUGUCGUGCUACAACUUCCUGGCCCCGUUCAAGUAUGAUCUGCCAUCCGUAUGGGAGGCCAUCGUGCGACACGACGCACCAGAGCGGUGCGCCGUAGUUUGCGAUACAGCCGAGACUACUCUGCAACGCAGGGGACGAUUCCUGGCCAAGAAAUUCGGCAUCCGGAUCGUCGGCGUAGACCCGAAAAAGGUUGACGACGAAGUACUGGAACAGUUCUCCUAUAACAGAGACUGUUCCCACGCACAUUCAGUAAAGGACAUCAAGCCGGAACCGGAGUGCAGCUGUGACUUCGGAGUUCUUGAAUGCUACGUACACACCGGCACCGGCCGCGAGAUCGCUUGGGGUAAACUAUUAGACCUAGAUACCAACGAGGAACAACUAUCUAAAUAUGUUUCCGGCUUACACCGCGAAGGCUACGAGGGCACCCGAUGCAUCUUUGAGUGCUACAAAAAGUAA